AUGGCCAUGUCCGGGCCAGAUUAUCUGGGGACAACCGUCCUGGUUGUUGCCUGGGUGUUUGCUGGCCUCGCGUCUAUUGUUGUUGGUACUAGAGGCUACGUUCGUUGGAGGAUCAUAAGAAAAUUUACCAUAGACGACGCCCUCAUCUUCGUUGCCUACGCCUUAGGAAUAGGGAAUUCUGUUUUUUUGACCAUAUCUACUCACUGGGGGCUGGGAACUCAUAUGGCAAAGUUAUCGGAAGAAGGGAUCAUGCACUCUGUGAAAUGGGUCUAUCUCUGCGAGUUCUUCUCCAUCAUGUCUCCUGGUAUAGGACGGAUAGCCUAUGCAUCUUUACUUCUCGGUCUCCUUCCGCCUAUUAAAUGGCGCAGCCGCAUGCUAUGGAGCCUGAUAUGGAUCCAGUUUAUCGUUGAUAUUGCGACUGUGAUCAUCAGCUUUUCCCAAUGCCGGCCUAUAAGCAAGUUCUGGAACAAUAGUAUUCCAGGCAGCUGUUGGCCCCCGAAAGUCCAGCAGAACACUGGAUACUUCCAGGGAGGUGAGCGCCUCUUUGAUAUUCUAUUCUAG